AUUUCAUUGUUUUUACCCCACCUUCCCCACUGAACCUUCUAGAAUCCCCCAAUCUCUCUCUCUCUCUCUCUCUCGUUGCCAUGGCCCCGCCGCCGGUGGAGCACAGCUGCGACGCCGCGGCCUCCGGCGAGUCCCAGCGCUCCGUCCCCACGCCCUUCCUCACCAAGACUUACCAGCUCGUCGACGAUCGCGCCAUCGACGAUGUGAUCUCUUGGAACGACGACGGCUCCACCUUCAUCGUCUGGAACCCCACCGUCUUCGCCCGCGAUCUCCUCCCCAAGUGCUUCAAGCACAACAACUUCUCCAGCUUCGUCCGCCAGCUCAACACCUACGGAUUUAGGAAGGUCGUGCCUGAUCGGUGGGAAUUCUCCAACGACUGCUUCAAGAGAGGCGAGAAGCGGCUCCUCCGCGAAAUCCAGCGCCGCAAGAUCUCCGCCUCGCCGCCAGCCCCGACGGUUGCGCCGGCGUCCGCGGUCCCGGUGGCGAGGCCUAGAGCCUCGCCGUCGAACUCCGGCGACGAGCAAUGGAUCUCGUCGCCGUCUGUCUGCGGGCAGAACUGCGCGGCGGAGAUCAUGGACGAGAACGAGCGGCUGAGGCGCGAGAACGUGCUGCUCAACCGGGAGCUGAGCCAGAUGAAGAGCCUGUGCGGCAACAUCUUCGGCCUGAUGUCAAGCUACGCCAACGGCGGCAUCCAUGCGGAGGCGGCGGCAGGGAAGAAGCCGCUCGCGCUGUUCGAGGGGGAGAUGGAGGCGGCGGAGGCGGAGGAGAGCCCGAAGCUGUUCGGAGUGCCGAUCGGGGCGAAGCGGGGAAGGGAAGAGGCUGGGACGGAGAUCAAAUUGGAGCCGUUGGAUCGUCCGAACAGAAACAACCAGAGUCGAGAAGAGCCGUGGAUGAAACAGUUUCACAGAUCUAAUCAGAGGGUGUUCAACUAAUCAUCACUAACAACACGAAAGGGCUUAGGCGUAGA